AUGAAAACGAAGGACGAGAUGUUGCAAGUCGACAAAUGCACUGUAGAGACGUUCUACCUUCUUCGUAAAAUUGUUCCUCCCUAUAAAGGCCUUGCAAGUGCCUGUGAGCAGUACUAUAAGUCCCAACUAGCGAUGAUCAAAGCCACUGAAGGGCUUUCCUCUGCGCUUGAAGUGAUGGCCGACUUAAGUUUAGAAGGGGGUGAGCCUGCUCAUUCCGACAUUUCUGUUGGGGUUAAAAAUGUGAGUGAAGUAUUCAAGAUGUGGAGAUCGAAUUUGUUAGAUGUAUCCGAAGAGUUCAAAAACACGUUAAAUGUGAUUAAAGGAGACACUGUCACUCUUCCAAAGGAGAUUGACACGACGGAAAAGACGGUGAAGUCGAACAAGUCUGAGAAAUUGAAUGACGUUAAAAAGGCACAGAAGAAACUUGAGAGCAUCUCUAAAAGUCAGAAGAUGCAAGCGAAGGACCCACGAGCACUUCCCGAUGCUAUUAAAGCAGUGACAGUCGUUGAGUCUGAGUGUCAAAAAGUUCAAAUGGAUGGACUUAAGACUUCAUUGACGUUGUUACGUGAGACGUAUGGACAACUCUUUGACUGCUUUAAGAAGGUCUUUAACAAGAAGGAUGAGUCUGACGAUAAGUCGAAGCUUAUCAUCUCGGGACAAAUGAAAGACAUGCAGAAGCUUAUUAAGACGUCGAGUGUGUUACCGCAGAAAUAUCGAGCGUUGACUACGAUGAAGAAACAAUUGAUGAUUAACACGACGUGGCUCUCUCCGGAACUCAAAGAAAUUUUAAAGGCUGCUGGGGUCAAACCAAGACAUUUAGCGGAAAAGGAAGUCGUUAAUGCAUUGAUGGAAACUGUUAAACAAGCAGUUGAAGAAGGGAAAGUCCCACAAACAAUGUUGGACGAGUUGCAGAAAUCAAUUGAUAAUAAAGAAGAUAAGGCGGGAGCAGUUAUAGACGCGAGCGCUAUUGUCACUGCUCCAAAGGAAAGAAGACCACCACCUUCGAAUUUGUCAAAGGAAAAUAUCCCUCACCAACAAGCUCAACAAGUACAACAAACACAACAACCAAAUUUACUCGACUUGAACUCACCACAACAACAACAAGAAGAAACACAAAAAAGUGUUCCGGCACCGGCGGAAUUAAUGCCACCCCCAGCAGACUUGUUGCCACCACCGGGAAUGGCUCCACCAGCAAAUUUACCACCUCCUCCACAAUUUAACGCGUCGGGAGCACCUAAGUUGAAUAUCCCAACUAAAAGCUCACAACAACAACAACCAAGACCAUCGACAGGAAGUACAGACUUGUUGUCACAGAUCCAGGGAGGGUUCAAGUUGAAAAAGGCGGAGGACAGAGUCAUCAAUGAGGCCGUCAAAGUCGACUCGAACGAUAUUGCGUCAAUGCUGAAGAAAAAAAUGGCAGAGAGAAGAGUCGACAUCGAGGACGACGAAGAAGAAGGAGACGAGUCUGACGAAUGGUCCGACUAA